AUGUACGAGCACUUCAACCCCUGCGAUGCAGCCAGGGUGCUGACUCAGCCCCAGGGCCUGCACCCCGCGGGGUUUACGCCCUGUGGCCGCUUCCUCACCGCCUUCCAGCAUGCGCCGCUGGCGCCCCACGCCCACGAGGUGGCGGUGCUGGCCGUGGAGGGACCCAGCUCGAGCUGGGUGGGCGCUGCGCCUGUCGCGGAGAGAUCGUACCCCCGGGCCCCUCGCCGCCUGCCCCCUGCGCCGCUGCUCUCCUACUUCCCGCUGCUCUGGAGGGCGCAGGCGGUCAUUCCAGGUCAGGGGUACAUCCGCUUCACAGACGCGCCGCUGGUGAUCGGCAAGUACCUGAUGGUCGUGUGCGCCUCGUUCGAGCACAGCAGGGGCUCUGCCGCAGGCUCGCGCGACUCCUGCCCUUCGUAUCGCUGGCUCUCCCUCAAACUGCUGCACCCUCCUUUCACACCCCCAAAGUUUGCGUUGGCGACCGGGGAGCCGCACGGAGUCUGGGACAUCCAGAACGACUACGUGGAUGACUUCAAUCUCGGGGUUCAGGCCUCCAGGGACCGAGUCGUGGUGACCCUGCAACGGAGCCGCAGCGUGCUGAUCCUGCGCGUCCUGCCCUGCGGCGAGUUUGUCAAGGAGCGCCACAUCGGCAGGAAUUGCUACGAGGACGACGCGCUCUUCCUGCACAUGCACAGUCAGCAGUCCGGGGACGAAGCGGGCGCAUUGGCCAACGGCGACUCGCCCAUCCUGCCCUCCCUCACCCACCGCAUGCUGGCCUACGCCUUCCAUGCCUGCUGCGGCCGGGCGGUGGUCGGGGCGGGCGCGGUGAAGGCCUGGGGGUGCGGCGGGCCGGAGGGCCUGCCCUUCCACGCCGUCUUCCCCGUCAUCAUGAGGCUGCAGCUGAAACGGGCCAUGCCGGUGGAGGACGGCAGGCUGGCGCUGUGCUGGCAGGACCCGCUGGUCCCUGCCUCCGCGCCGCGUGGCAGCUGGCCCGCGCAGCGCUGGGUGGGCGUGUUUGACCCCGGCAGCUCUCAGUUUGAGGCGCUGGAGCCGGUGCUGGACCGCGAGCCGCUGCACGGCUGCGUCAUGAAGUGGAUGGCCCUGAGCAGGCAGUACCGCCUGAACUUCGUGCUGGAUCCCUCCGACUUCCUCCCGACUCCCGCAGAAGCAUCUGCUGCAACACUCCGCGUCCGGGGGCGUACCCACCAGCCGGUCCACUACAUGAUGCACCCCGUGCUCCCGCUCCUGCUGGUGGUCUACUGCUACGGCGUGGCUGACGUGGACUCCAAGAUCACCGUCUUCCAUCGCUGA